AUGUGUGGCACCCCCGUGGAAGAGGCGAUAAGCCCACUGAAGUCCGAAGACCUCGAAUCCCCCAGAAGCGAACCAGAGAAGUCAACACAGAGCAGACGAAAGCCAAAGCCAGUCGCGCGCAUCAAGACAACUCAGAAAUCCCCCAGAAGCGAACAAGAGAAGCCGACACAAAGCAGACGAAAGCCAAAGCCAGUCGCGCGCAUCAAGACAACUCAGAAAUCCCCCAGAAGCGAACAAGAGAAGCCGACACAAAGCAGACGAAAGCCGAAACCAGUCGCGCGCAUCAAGACAACUUAA